AUGGCUCCUUCCAGCUUUGCUGCGCUCUUAUCUCGUAAGAGCCUCAGAUCGAUAAUUUUUUACGAAUACCGCCUAGGAUCGUCUGAAAGAGCGGCAGCCAGGAGAAUAAACCUAUUAAUAGGACAAGGUACUGUCUCUCACAUGACAGUGCACAGGUGGUUCCAACGCUUCAAGUCGGGGAAUUUUUCCCUCGAAGAUGAAGCACAUAGCGGACGUCCACCCACCUUUGAUGAAGGCCGUCUAAAAAAAUCUAUUGAAAAAGAUCCGCGUCAAACAACUCGCUGUCUUGCAGAGGAAUUCAAGUGCCACCACUCAACUAUAGAGACGCAUCUUCAUUCGCUUGGAUUCAUUAGAAAAUAUGCCGUCUGGAUCCCCCACUCUCUCAGCCCUCACCAGUUGCGCAUGAGCAAGCCGGCGGAGUUUUACAAGAGAGGGAUCCACAAAUUGCCUGAACGUUGGCAGAGGAUAGUCGAUAACAAUGGUCAAUAUAUCAGCGAUUGA